AUGGGGCUGUGCACCUGCGAUUUUUGUGUAUGGCUGGCGCUGGGCGUUAACAGUGUCUGUUUCGGAUCAGUCAUUUGGUCCAGAUCUUGUGGUGCUGACGGGGCGUUUUGUGUUUCAGGCGUGAUUUACAGCAAGCUCCCGCCGCAGGCUGCCAAGCUGCUGGAUCUCCAGCCUCAAGGAUCAAAGGAGGCAGAAGCUUUUGUAAAUGCUUUUCUGAAGCGUAGUAUGCCACGACUGAAAGAUGAAGCCAUCCAGGAUAAGCUAACCCGAAAAGCUGUAGUUCUAGAGCAUUGUCCUAGAAGAAGGAAAAAGGAAAAACGGAAGAAAGCAAAAGGGUUUUCUGCCAAACAAAGGAGAGAAAUGCGACUCUUUGAAAUUAAACCAGAACAGCAAAAAUAUGAGUUGUUUCUGCCGUUGCAUGAACUCUGGAAACAGUACAUCAGGGAUCUGUGUAAUGGGCUCAGACCAGAUGCACAACCACAGAUGAUCCAGGCCAAAUUGCUAAAAGCUGAUCUCCAUGGAGCUAUUGUUACAGUAACUAAAUCAAAAUGUCCCUCUUAUGUUGGGAUCACGGGAAUUAUUCUACAGGAAAUGAAGCAUAUUUUCAAAAUUAUCACUAAAGAAGACAAAUUAAAAGUUAUUCCCAAGCUUAACAAUGUAUUUAGCUUGGAGGUUGAUGGCUUUAUUUCCCACAUCUAUGGUAGCAAGUUCCAGCUUAGAGCAAGUGAGCGUUCUGCAAAGAAGUUCAAAGCAAAAGGAACUAUUGAUCUAUGACUUUAAGGAAAUUCGAAGAGAUUGGGGCUAUGCUCAUAAACUGAAAACCAAGUUUAAAAACGUGGACUUCUACAUCUUCUUCUAAAAAAUUUCUUU